UGUAUGAUGGUAUUGAAGCAUCUAUUAGUCAGAGAGUCCAGUACCUCUUCACCUUCUACUGCAAUUAUGACCUCUUCAUCUUCCCCUUCGAUACGCAAGAGUGUAAUAUGCAACUUCGAUUAGUAGGAUCUCCGGGCUGCGAACCACAAUGGAAUAUCGAUAAUCAUAAGAUUUCAGCCAUAGGCGACGACUCGACGAUAUCCAUGUAUGGCGUAUCCCAUAUUCGCUUCUACUACAACACUUCCUCCCGUGAUAUCAUGAACUUCAGACUGCUAUUCUUCAGGAGGUACGAAGCAUAUCUCCUGACCACGUUCGUGCCGUGCAUCAUCCUGUACUUGCUGUCGGAACUGACUCUUACUCACUUCCGCCUGGACGAUUUCACUGACAGGAUCACAGUAACACUCUCACUGCUGAUCGUCAUUACCUCUCUAUUCUCCCAGGUCAAUUCCACUCUUCCGAACUCCCCGACGCCGAAGUUCGUCGACUGGUUCUUCUUUUACUGCAUCCUCAGGGUGAGCUUCAUCUUCUUCCUACACAGCAUCAUUUGCAAGAGAGUGAGAGCCUGGAAAACCAAAGACUCUUCAGACAUCAUAGUGUUAGUGUCUGGCAGGAGAGUAGCAUGGGUUCAUGAGGACAAGAAACACGGACACAAAGCACACUUCAACAUGGCAGAAGUCAUCAACAAUGCUGGAAUCACCAUCAUCACCCUCAUGGAUGUAGUGGCACUAUGCUUAUUCAUCGUGUGGGUCGUGCACGACAAACACGACAAGACGAAACGAUUUCAUGCCCUCAACGUCACCAGCAGAUACCAGAGAGGGUAGAAAUAAAACAAUGAUCUCAUUGGAAAUAGGUAACUUCAUCUGACUUUUUUGGGCUAUUCUAGCUAAUUUACAGAUAUGUUACUAUGCAAGACAAGCCACGGGGGAUGGAAAUCUUCAGCUCAAGAUCUUUCCCACGUCUCCAAGCGUCAUCAGGAGCUAUGCAAUGCUGCAAGAGUAGCAACAGGAAGAAUGAGAGGAAGUUUUCUCAGAGUAAGGUAGCGUGGUGACGCCAGCCAGUUCCUCUCGGAAAUGAUCAGGGAAAUUGCUUCCUCUCAUUUAACAUGUUGCUUCUCUUGCAACAUUGCAUAGCUAACAAAAAAGGCACAAUACCGGGGCUGGAACGAUACACAAAUAACCCGCACAUGGAAGAGAGGAGAUUACGACGACGUUUCGGUCCGACUUGGACCAUUUACA